CGGCAUUCGAAGUGAGAUCUUAAGCUUGAAAGCGUCAAGAGAAAAUUGUUGGACUGUUCUGCUUAAGAUGGAUUUUGGACCACAGUUAGGCGUCCUUCUGUUGUGCAUCAGUGCUGCAUUUCUGAGAGCAAAUGGUAAGGAUUUUUAGUUUCAUAACUUCUAACUAAAGCGGUUGUAUUUGUAUUAGAAGCAUAUGUGAUUUUGUGUGAAAUUCAAUUUAUUUGAUUUUCAACCCGAAGGGGAUAAAGCCUAAAAGCUAGGGUUUUAUAAUGAAAUUGACUUUUAAAACAAUAAAAAACAUUCUUUUCGGUGACUGGAAUUUAUAUUGUACGCAAAUGCGCACAAAUGCUAUACAAGGCACAUUGAAUUAUUAUUGAAUUAUUAUUAAUUAUUACAAUAAUAAUAUUAAUAAUAUUACAUUGAAUUAUUAUUGCACAUCAUAUUAUUAGCACUGAAUGUGAUGAAGAUCCGGGCUUACGGAUCGAAAGCUUUGCAGUAAUAAAUUUACGUGGUGUUUCCACAAACAAAACUAUAAUAUGUUUUAUCGCCAUGCAAACAUACAAAGAACUUAUUUAAGGCACAUUGAGUUGAAGAAUUAAGGCAAUUUCGAGCUAUAUUGUCGCAUAUGCGUGCACGCACAUUUUCGAACCAGUGUUUGUGGCAGUUGUUGGUAUUUACCACAGCACAGUAAACUGAAUUUGGGCGUGUUAUGUAACCAUUGUCUCGAAGCGCCUCCGGUUCACACGUGACCCAAUGAAACCGUGCUAAAAUUUGCAUAAUUUGCGCGUGAACUCCCAGACACACCGCACGCGAUUCGGCAACGCGACACGAUUUUUCAGUUUUUGAAAGCUAAUAAAACCGUCCAUGAAAGGAAAUUUUAAAAGAUAUGUAGACCAAAUAACUCUAUAGAUAUGUAACCCAAAUAACUAUUAAUGUUAUAGCGCUUCUAAAUAUUUGAAAAACUUAAACCAGGAUCAAAGUUUUCGGUCAGUGAAAAUCAAAAAAUUGUGCUGCGUUGUUGUGGGCCAUGGCCCGCGACGCAUGAAACCGUACUGCAAAUUGUUCACACGGGAAUUGCCGCACGGUAAUUCUUCCGGUCUCGUGUGUAGUAAAGUUUACUCUCGGCUUACGUAUCACCUAAUACGCAUAGGCUACGGUAUUCCAACCACAAUCGGCUAUAUCAACAUAUUCUGAAGUACCUUAAGUAUUUGAUUCAUCGAGCAAGUUCUCGAUAGUUGGAAAACAAUCUCGAACUAUCGACUGCAAAGAGUUCGGAACUUAUGAACUUUAUCAAAGUCUGUCAAGAUAUGAUGGACAGGAAGCCAGGCAAAAUAGAAGUCCUUUGUUUGAUGUUGAACUGUAUCUCACCAUGUACAAAUCCUUUGUCUCAACUUCAUUAAAUAUUAUUCAUCAUCGUUGCACGUUUCAUCUCCGAGCUAUCCCUAUUGGACGGUUACUUCACUAAGCCCGAGUCCAGCAUUGGACGAUGUUCCACAAUAUUGGAUAAAAAUUUCCAGAUCAUAUCUUGAUAGACUAUGACUUUAUUUAUGCAGGAGAAAAUCAUAUAUGUGUGAUAGUAAGCAGUGUUUUCACAUGUGACUGAGAUGAAAAACUGCGUUGCAAAAAUGGAACUCUGGUCAAGGAUGGAAAGGCACAUUGUACUACUACCAUACACUUGGGAUGGAUAGAAUGGCCAGAUUGUGGGGUCUACACUUCGUGUUUGUUAGGCCAGAUUGUGAGGUCUACACUUCGCGUUGAAUGGUCAGAUUGUGGGGUCUACACUUCGCGUUGACUUUGGCCCGUUCUAAGCCCAAACUUUCCAUGGGAGUCGUGAGCUAGACCGCUGCACCUGCACUAUGGCUACAUUUUUGUUCCACCUCCCCCACUAUUUCCACCAAAAUCCGGCCUUGAUGGACAGGGAUUCAAACAACCUGAAAAAUACAAGGAGAACUUGGACCUCUUGAGCGAAGGUCUUUCGUCGGGAAGUUAGAAACGUCGAAGUUCGCUCGAAACGUCGAAGUUUCCUUGUAUUUUUCAGGUAGUUGUAUCCCUAUCAAUCCAAAGCUUUCUUAUUUAUUGCCACUACCUACACUUGCACAGAUUGUUCAGACCACAGUUAUUUUAAUAGAUGGUUUGGAGACUCGAUGAAGUACAAUAUAAUUAAUAUAGUUAAUGGUAACUAUUUGUCCAGCUUUAUGCAAGAAUUUGAUCCUAUCUCGUCACGUGUGUAUUGUAUUUUCGCACAAAUAACCAAUAACAAGUUUGUGGUUGAGUUAUCCAUCCGUAAAUUGAACAAAUGCUCAAUUUAAACAUUGCUAUUGGUCGUGUGGGGAAAAUACAGUACACACGUGACGAGAUAGGACCAAAUUACUGAUUGCAUAAACCGAAACCAACAUAGUUAAUGAGUUAUAUUGUACUUUCAUCGAGUCUCGAUCCAAACCAUGUAUUCUAUUAACUGUGUUCAGACCAUACAGGAAGUUAUUGCAAGGUGGAACCGCGCAAAUUAACAUGUAAUAAACAUAUAGUGCGCUAAUUGCUACGAAGCUACUUGAACACAGCCUAAUUGCAACUAUCUCAAAACAACAUAUGUCAAGACCAUUAUUACCUGGGUAAUUAUCUGUCACGUCUAAUAUUGUGUAACAGUUUGGUUUUUCAAAAAGCGUGUCAGCAUAUUUAUAGCAGUUAUGUAAUCGGAAAUUUAAUAAAACGACUCGCGCCAAUAUCACAGUAUAUUAUCAUUGGAUAAUCAUAGUUGAAAGGUCAACACAUCUUGUGGAAAGAUUUAUGUCGUAUUAAUGUAAUCACUUCAUUUAUGGCCCAUCCAUCCAUUCGCUUAUCAAAGCAAUUCAAAUAGUUUUCAUUUAAACAUAUGCCAUCGUUUCAUGCACUGACAUUGUAUGUUGCAACAAUGAUUUAUAAUUUUUUAUCAAAGCCAAUGAUGAGUCAUUUCAUUUGUCGAACGAGUGCCCGUUGGUCUUUUUGGCUUUAUCAUCACACACCAUUAAAAAAAAACAUAAAAAAUACGACUGGAGGGAAACUAUCCUAAAUUAAAAAAUAAUUUCUGUGAUCACAGUAGGAAUUUUGCAUGGGUUAAGUUUUGAAGGAUUUGUAAGAAAUGUUUGAGGGAUCUGACUUAGUGUUAAAUUGUGACUCAACUCCCUCAAACAUUUCUUACAAAUCCUUCAAAACUUAGAAUUUACCCAUGCAAAAUUCCUACUGUGAUCACAGAAACUUUGAUAGUGUAAACCUACCUGCCUUAAUAGGACAUGCUCUUGACUUCAACAUGGCAUUUCUGCGCAAAUAAGUUAAUUGAACACUGGGGAGCUAGUCAGAGACUGUUACCAAUGACCCAUCCGGAAUUCUAAGGAUGUUGAGUUCAGAUUAAUGAGGAUCAAAUAUCGUCCAUUAGGAGUCUUAUAUAUGUCUUCUGAGGCUUGACUAAGGGCCAAGAAUUAUUGGAAUUAAUAUCAAGUAUUUAACAAUUGGUUAUCCAAUUACCUAUCAAGCCGAUGUAACGAGAGUAAUUUUAAUCUAAUUAAGUCUUCUGUCUAUAGUAUAAUCACAAUGUUUAGCAGCUAAUGCUGACAGGAUCGUCCAUCUAUUAGGUAGUCCAACCCAUCAAUCCCACAUUCCCUGUGGAGGAAACGGGAGUACGGAAAGAAACCCUGCGACUUUCAAGUUUUGAUAAAGCGCGGUGCAUGAAUCAAACUAUACUUUCUCAGAGAUGAAAAUCUCUUGCUCUAAAAUCUGUCUCACAGACUUAAUACGCAUUUGAUUGGUUAAUCGGGUAGAUUAAAUGCGUCUGAUCGGUCAAUGGUAACGGAAUUCAAAAUCUGAACAUGACUAUUUUACAGUAUUUAGCAUUAUUUAUUUUAUCUUUUAAAACUGUUUUAAUGGCUUUGUUAAAAGUUAUAUGUUGGGCUCUCAUAUUUAUUAUACGAAUUCGUUUUCCGCCUGGCAAAUCUCUGGCAACGAUAUAGUAUUUAGCAGUUAUUUCAAAUAUUUUCAUUACAAAAAUUUCGUACGUAACCUACCAGCUAUAGUCGUAUUUUGCAUCUUUUCUCUCUCUAUCUAAAAAGAUAAAUAUAGUGUUAAACACCAAUUAAAUCAGUUUCCUCAAACAUUUCUUACAAAUCCUUCAAAACUUACAAUUUACCCAUGCAAAAUUUCAGUGCAAACGAGCCUUAAAAAAAUUUGGGUGACUAAUUCGUAGUGCUUAAGUAAUAAACUCUCUAUUUUUUAGAAAUCGACUUUUUGAAAGACGUACCGCAGGACCCAAGUAAAGGACUGCAGAAAAACAACGGGGAGAUGGUUUAUUGCUAUCAGAGGAAAAAUGGCAGAACGAAUGGCCAACUUCGGACGACAAGUCACGUCAAAGAUCAUUUUGUGGGAGAGAUGAUACAUGGGAGCUUUAGUACCACUGCACAAAUAAAGUUAAAGGAACUGAGAGGUAUAGAAAGGCUUGUGCGAAGUUUCAAAAUAAACUAUAUUUAUUAUAAUGGAUAGUUCUAGCAGUUCUAAACUGCUCUUGCUAGAGGUCUAGCGAGGGUCAUCUGUUAUUGAUCAUGCAGUGUUACUACAGAAGGAAACCUAACUAUGACUAAAUUAAUUUUAUUCAUACUGGAAAGAUCUAACUAUCGGUUAUUGAUCCAGUGUUACUACAGGAGAAAACCUAAACUAAACGAACUUUAUUUAUACUGUAUAGCUCUAACAGUUCUAAACUGUUAUCCCUAAAGAUCCAAUAAAAAUCAUCGGUUAUUGAUCCAGUGUUACUAUAGAGGAAACCUAAACUAUUAGGCCAAUGAAAAUUGAUAUCAUGUUUCUCGUCCACAAUUUUCAAAAAUUUGGAACGAGAUUUUUUCAUUUUUCAUUAUUUUUUGUAUUUGAAUUCUGCUUGUCAAUAAUUUCCUUGACCCAGUAAAAAACCCCAUAAAAAUCUGAAGUAUUAAAAAUUGGUGUAUAAUUCAUUUUAAUUUAAUACGUCCUACACUACAGUCUACAGACUACAGUAUAUUUCUACACAUACCAGGGCUGACAUGAAAAAUAGAGGCAUUCUGGCGAGUAAUAUCUUUAGAAAAAUACAAUUUGAGUUGCGCUUGCGGAAUGCAGCAAUAAGAUUUUGAUCUGGAGAUGAAUUUGGUGUUUUGUUAAGCCUAUUUUUCAAAAAUAAUGAAUAAUGAAAAAUUUUCGUGCGGCAGAUAAAUCCCAUGCGGGCGGGGACGAGAAGCAUGAUAUCAAUUUUCAUUGGCCUAAACUAACUUUAUUUAUACUGGAUAGCUCUGUUAGUUCUAAACUGUUCUUCCUAGAGGUCUAGUAAGGAUCAUCUCUUAUUGAUCCAGUGUUACUGGCUACAGGAGGAAAGACUACUAAACUAACUUUAUUAUACUGGAUAGCUCUAUAUCCGUUCUAAACUACUCUCUCUGGAAAUCCAAAGGGAGACCCUCGUAAUUGGUCAAGUGUUACUACUGAUAUACUACAGAAGGAAACCUAAAGUAAACAACUAAUGCCAACCAUCAUCACCCCACAAACCAAACUGUAAAACUUAACCCAAGCAUUUGCUCUAGGCACCGCCCAGUUUGUUCUGUUCUCGGUACAAAGAACAACGGAUAGAAAGAAACUGUUUAUCUGGUGGCUCAACGCAGUAAGAAAACAGGUCGGCAUUACAUAUACAGGAAGCCAAGGACGAACGUCACUUUUGUAUUUCUCCAAAGUGCCGUUCGGAGUGACAACCUGGUUUCAACUGACGCUUAAAUUUCGCGGUUUCAACAGAAAUAGACCAAUGGUGAGCCUGUACGUGAACGACAUGAAGGUGGAAGAGAAGACUUUGAGCAGGAACUUUAGAAAUGCGAUCGUGGGGACAAAUAGAAAUAACAUUGUGAUUUCGCUGGCUGACAUGUGGGGUCUAACUACCACUUCAUCAAUGCCUAAGGUUUGUUGAUUAUGACAUAGACGUGCGGGAGGGAAAAAAUUAGGGUGGCAGAAAGAAAUUUGCCCGACUUUUUAACAUUUUGCCCGACUUAUCAAAAACAUUUUUCCAUGCUAAACUUCCAAAAUUCUCGUCGAUGGGCGGGGGAGUGGUUGGGAAUAUUUGUUAUCUUAUAGUUAUAUAUUUCUUGCUGUAAAAAUUAUUUCCCCCAUCUUGAACAAAAUUGAAUAGAAUCUUAAAGACCUCAUUAAUAAUUCAUGAAGAAAACACAAAAGAAAUCAUGAGCGUGAAGGAGUUUGUAUAUCUGAUACAGAAUCAUACUGAUUUACAUAAACUUUAAGUUGAAUUUUCUCACCAAAUUGAAAUAUUAUUCAUUUAUUGUAAAUUGUUGAAGAAUACAAAUGUUUUCAUCGAGACGUUUCACAAGCUAUAUAAAGCAUUCGCGUCUGUGUUGUAUCAGACAUACAACCUCUCGCGCCUUCGGCACGAGUUUGUAUAUCUGAUAUAACACAGUCGCUCAUGCUUUAUCUAUGACAUAAUAAUAGCAUAUUUCUCUCUAGAUUUGUAUGAGAAGACUGAGAGUGUUUACAGAUACAGAUGUUGAAGAUGUUGUAAACCAAUGCCCUCAACCAGGUAUUUCACUUUGCCGGUAUAGACUAAAGGCUAGUUUCCACUCAGGAAAAUUAUCCAUGGAUUGGACGGACAAGACAAUUUUUCUUUGUGUUAAAGUCGUUAGUUCCAACCCAGAGAUCACAAGACAAAGAAAAACUUUCUUGUCCGUUCCAAUCCACGGAUAAUUUUCCUGAGUGGAAACUAGCCUCAAAGGCCCAUUUCCACUCCGGAAAAUUUUCCGAAAAAAAAAACACAUUUGUACAAUAUGAUUGGCUGACACAAAUUUUGCGUCGGAAAAAGAAUUUGAAGUUGAAAGUUUUCAAGUUUUAACAAUGAUAUUUUCGGAAACUUUUAUGUCCGUGGACAUAUUUCUUGAGUGGACAUGGGCCUUACUCUCAGACUCUGAAGAUUGUCGGAAUCAUUCACAGCACGCACUGAGUAAUAUGCAUGGUAUUCGUGGCACGACGAAAGGAUUUUGCCCAAGUAUGGAUUAAAAAUUUAACCAACUUCACUUUUUUUCAAUUUCACUUGAUGUGUUAUAGACAAUUCAAGUCUCGUCUAGGAAAUGAUUUUUAUGACAAUUUCCAUGUGUUCCACUAAAUCUUUCAUCAACUUCUUCUAUUACAGCUAGUAUGACCGAACAGGAAUUACAACACUUGGAACAACGUAUAGCUGUUAGGGUGACUGCAACCUGCGAUCAGGCGAUAAGUAAGGUAGGUUGAAAUCCCGAGGCUUUCCACCCGCAUUAAGGAAGGGAAAAUAUGGCCUGAGAUACUCUAGGAUAGUUUUUAAAAUAAUAUGUGAUUCUACAAAUUAGUAGCUCUAUCAGUUGUAAAUUGUUCUCCAGAGGUUUAGUAGAAUAAUAUCUUACUGGUCCGGUGUUUUAACAGAAGAAAAACAGGGAAAAAAGUGUCUCAUGAGAUUGAAGAAAAAAAUGAUAUCUCAGACAGCUACAUACUGCGUCUGUAGGAAUAACUGUAGUCGUGUCGCCGAUAUCUCACGACAGUACCAGGCCAUACAUCCCCAACGUGUUAUUUUCAAUACUAUUUAUAAAUAAAGUCUAACGAAUUUCCCUUCUUCUGCUGAACAACAAUGCCGUUUAUCAACUGUCUAAUAUUUUCAUCUUUCUUUAAUCCCAUAGAUGAUGCAACAAAUGCAGUUAAUGCUAAACACAUGUGGCGUAUGUAAAAGACAUCCAAACCUGUUCACCAGACCUCCUCCCAACUUGUUCACCAGACCUCCUCCCAAUGGGACAGGACCUAUAAUUGGCAACCCUGUAGAAACCAAGCCUAAGGAAGCAUUAAAGUCACUAGUAGCAAAUCCUUGCCCCCCUGGAUUGAACGCUUGUCACCCGAGGGGAACAUGCACUCCUAAUAUAAUGUCUCCAGGAAACUUUUGUAAGGUAUGGAAACUACUGGACAUGAAUCAUAACACUUUCCUUUGCAGUAUUGCUCAUUUUAGGACCUAACUAACACCACCAUGACUAUCAUUACCAUCAGCAACCAGCAACAUUCAUCUUUACCAUCACAAUUAAUACCAUCAUCAAAACCAUCACCACAAUAAUCACCAACACUAUUGUUACCAUCGUUAUCACCACUACCACCAUUCCCAUCACACUAUGGUGAACCACCAUCCUCCAUCCCACCAUGACCAUCACCACCAUCUUCAUCACCAUCACUAUCAAAAUCACGAUCACCAGUAUUACCAUCAUCACCACCACUACCACCAACAGUGCAUCACUAUCAUCUUCACCAUCACCAUCACCAUUAUGACCAUAACUACUGUCGCUAUCACCACCAUAAUCAUCAUUAUCACCAUCGUCACCAGCACCGGCCACUACCAUCAUCACCACUGACACCUUCACCCACGAUCUUGUUUUCCACAGUGUAACCAUGGUUUUGCGGGCAAUGGCUAUUCCUGUGGUAAAGAUUCAGAUAUGGAUGGUUUCCCUGAUGAAGAUCUUCCCAACUGUAAAGAGAAAUACUGCAGAAAGGUAACUUUAAAAGCAUAAAGAUAAACUUUGGGACAACCGCAAUAUAGUCUAACAUCGUGAUUCACUUAGGACAACUGCAUUGACAAACCAAACAGUGGACAAGAAAAUGUUGAUGGAGAUGAACUUGGCAACGCAUGCGACGAAGACCAAGACAAUGAUGGAAUUUUGAACAAGAAGGUAAGUAUUUAUUAUUAAUGAGUCGACAAGAAUCACAAGACUUGACGAGAGUGCAUAAGCGUUCAAACGCGAGGAAGAGUUGCAACUCUUAUCACUGCUCUCAUCUUCGUUUGGCCGAGGAUUUAGCAAAAACCUUACGUCCUAGACCUACAUUAGUGGCAAGAUUAACUCAGAGGUAACAGACACAGCACGAUUAAUGGAAACUGCUAGGCUUCCCAUAGUGAAUGAAGCCCGUUAUUAUUUCUGCUUUCAGGAUAACUGUGCACUCCACUACAACCCAAGUCAGCAAGAUACAGACGGAGACAGGAUUGGUGAUGCGUGUGAUAAUUGUUUGAGAACUCGUAAUCGAGACCAGAAAGAUACGAAUAACAAUGGCACAGGAGAUGCUUGCAGCAGAGAUAUUGAUGGCGAUGGUAAGUAGAGGAACACUUGGAUUGAUAGGGAUGCAAUUACCUGAGGAAAUAGAAACAGAACAAGGCAGAAACAGAACGGGAGGAACAGUUUAAAACGAUGUAACACUGGACGUCCUUUUUUCCAGAUAUUAUUGAAAACGACAAUUGCCCCUACAAACAAAACAGCAACCAGUUGGAUUCAGAUGGGGAUGGCGUUGGAGACGCAUGUGAUAACUGUCCACUUAAUUCUAAUGUUGGACAGGUACGUAUCUUUCUGUCUUUUUGUUGUUGAACAACGGAACUGUCUUUAAAGCCUGAGCUAAAUUUCAGAAUACCCGUCCACAUAAUUGGAGAUUAUCUCUGUGGCUGGUCCCUGCCCGAAUUGUAUGUAAAUUUUGUAACGUAUUAGUCUUAUUUACGUCUGUUAUGCUUGGCGAAUCUUGUAAAAUAAAAUAAAAUAAAACUACUUUGACAUAUUACACCUAUUAAUUCCUUGUAAACAUGGUGAAAUGAGAAAAGAAUGCCAAUUUCAAAUGCUUCGUUCUUCAAAGACUCCGGCAUUGAACAACAAGCAACAUAUUCUUGGAAUUUUAUCUUUAAAUUUUAAUUAUGAACUGUUUUGAAAUAAUCUUUUAAUUCAUUUAACAAGCUAUCAAAAGUGGACGGGUUAUUCUGCAAUCACUCCAAAGUCUGGUUUACACUAUCAAAGUUUCUGUGACAACUGAGUAGGAAUUUUGCAUCGGUAAAUUCUAGAGGCCUCGGACACUUCUUACAAAAUCCUUCAAAAUUUAGAAUUUACCUAUGCAAAAUUCCCACUGUGAUCACAGAAACUUUGAUAGUGUAAACCAGACUUAAAAAACCUUUCAAACUCUCUGUUAUGUUUGCUUUCGAACGCCUUUUUUUAUUUGCCUAUCAUUGUUUUAAACUUUAUUUUAGGAAGACGUUGACCAAGAUUUAGUUGGCGAUGAAUGCGAUUCAAAUGUAGACAGGUAUUGAGAUUUUGAUUCGCUCAAUUUCUGGAAGUUGUACAUUCCGUAUCGGAUAGGUGCUUUUUCGCGCCACUACGGAAAGCUAUCUGGUAUAAUGUAAACGUAGCCUGAGUGUCUAACUUUCAUUUGCAGAGACACGGAUGGCGUAAAUGACAAUUAUGAUAAUUGUGUUAGCGUGAUUAACCCGGGACAACUCGAUACAGAUGGGGAUGGAAUAGGUAAGAAAUGGAUGUCCACCUACAACCAACACAUCCAAAUCUGAGAGGUGAAAGACGUCAAGAAUUGUGCAACAAAAAAUAAAAUUCAAUUACUGCAGGACAACAUGAUAAACUAACGCACCCAGGAGUUGCUACACAUUUUCGCAAUCAUUCUUCUGCAGGAGACGAAUGCGACCCAGACGACGACAAUGACGGUGUUGCUGAUGAAACAGAUAACUGCAGAUUAACGGCAAACGCAGAUCAGGAGGUCGACCCUUUGUGUAAGUACUGCAUGUUUCUCUUCAGGCCCGUAUUAGAGGUGUCUGUAUUACAGAUGUGUCGGGAUUAGAUACGGUAUUUUAGAGAUAUGUCCGUAUUAGAGAGGUGUCGGUAUUAGAGGCCGUAUUAGAGAGGUGUUCGUAUUAGAGAGGUAUCGGUAUUAGAGGCCGUAUUAGAGAGAUGUCGGUAUUAGAGGCCGUAUUAGAGAGAUGUUCGUAUUAGAGAGGUGUCGGUAUUAGAGGCCGUAUUAGAGAGGUGUCGGUAUUAGAGGCCGUAUUAGAGAGAUGUUCGUAUUAGAGAGGUGUCGGUAUUAGAGGCCGUAUUAGAGAGGUGUCGGUAUUAGAGGCCAUAUUAGAGAGAUGUUCGUAUUAGAGAGGUGUCGGUAUUAGAGGCCGUAUUAGAGAGGUGUCGGUAUUAGAGGCCGUAUUAGAGAGAUGUUCGUAUUAGAGAGGUGUUCGUUUUAGAUAGAUGUCGAUAUUGGAGAGGCUUCGGUAUUAGAGAGCUGUCCGUAUUAGAGAGAUGUUGAUAUUAGAGAGGUGUCCGUAUUAGAAAGGUGUCGGUGUACUACGUAUUAAGGAUUUAUCAAACGAAAGGUGUACUACGUAUUAUGAAGUGUCAGUAUUAAAGAGGUAUCUACAUUAGAAAUAUGUCCAUAUUAGUUAGGUGUCUGUAUUAGAGAAAUUUCCAUAUAAGACAGAGCCUGAAAUAAUUUUAAAAUUUGUCCGGAAAAACUUCCGAUCAAAACGAAAUUUGACCGGAAAUUUACAAAAUUGACCGGAAUUUUUUUUAGUUUAGUUUGACCAAGUUAUAGUGAAUAAUAAUUUAAUCACGCCCGCCGACGCUGUUUUUAUCUUGACCCGACAACACCACGCUGUAAACCACCAUCUUGUUUAUUAGGCUCGUGAACUAUACUUUCCAGUUGAUUACUUUAUAUUAGCCUAAUAUAGAUAAUCCAAACUUACAGAUGGUACUCACUGUGCUGAGCGCCGACCCGAUCAUUAAGAAAACAUUUUUCUUUUUCUCAAAAUUUGGCCGGACAAAAUUUCCGAUCAUUUCAGCAUUUGAUCGGAAAAAUCGGAAUUUGGUCGGAAAACCGCCGGCCGUUAUUUCAGGCUCUUAAAGAGAGGUGUCAGUAUAAACAGGUGUCAGUCUUAAUUAAAAGAUGUACCCGCAUUAGAGAGGUUAGACUGUUAUCUUGACCUAAUUAGAGAACAAAUUAUUUUACAGCACCAAAAUAUGGACUAGCUUGUAAAGAUGAUUAUGAUGGCGACUCUAUAGCCAACAACCUGGACAGCUGCCCUGAAAACAAAGAUUACUCGGCAGUCAGUUUCUACGAGUAUCAAACUAUC